AUGUUAAGGGGCCAUGCCGGCAUGAAGCGCGUAAAGGGGAGGAAUCAUGCUUCUGCUGUUUGCCGUGGCUUGCAAGCCAAGAGAUCCCAUUUCAGGGCGUGGGGGGGGGGGGGCCUGGAGCCUGGACGGCUUCGCCCGCUGCCCUUGCUUGUGAGCUCGAGGCCUUCCUGCUGGGGUGGAAGAGGGCCCCUGGCAGGCGAGGGAAGCUCUGCCUCUGUGGCCCAGCGGCUAGCGGCUAACCUGCUGUUUCAGCCUCCUCGGCAGGCCCUCUGCGAGUGGAACAACAGCCACUGCCAAGUGCAGCCACUCAGGCCGAUCGUUGCUGGACUUGUGACCUUGAGGAUCCAUCCAGCUCCUUUGAGCGACUGA